UGAGCGGGCAUUUACCGUCACUGUUGGCAGGAGGAGUAUAUAUAAUCUAUGUGAGAUUUUAUUUAAUAUCUUUGUUAUUAUUUUACUCCUGCCAAGUGCUGUCAGGCAUAUAGGCUAUAGACCUGUGCAGUGGGAGUACCGGUUAACUCGACCCACCCGCCAAUUCGGCUUGCACUGUGGCGACUGCUUGCCUGGGCUGGAGGUCGGGCAGCUAUAGACUCGCCGGAUAACUCAUUUGAGAUCUUUCACACUCUCCGACGUCGAAACACAUGUUAUUAUUAUUAGUAAAUCUUUAUUGCAUACAAAUUACAAUUCAAAUACAAAUACAUGUACUGAAAACAGUCUCAUAGAUGGAGAAAAAAUUUGAUGAAUCCAAAUAUAGUGUUGUCAGAGCAAUUAAAAUAAUAUAAUUGAUAAGUUUCCUUGAUUUUAGUACAAUAUUUGUAAGGUAUGGGAGGGGAUUAUUUCUGUGUGAUUUUUUAAGGUGGUUGAUGUAUUUGUAUGUAAAUAUAAGUGUCUGGUAUUUAAUUAGAUAUUCUAUGGAGGCAUUUUUUGUUGUUCUCUAAUUCUUAUAGCUGUACCUGCAUGUCUAUAGCUAGCCUGUGAGUCCAGCUGCCCGAUCUCCAGGCAGGUCAUCUAGACCCACAAGCCGAGCAGGCCGACCUCCAGUCGGGUAAUCUCGACACACGAGUCGAGUUUGCCGGUGAGGCGAGUUGACUACGGGUCACCCUGUGGUGGGAGCGAGGGCUACAUAGGCAGAGUUAGGUCAAGGGAUGCAUGCCUACUGAUGCAUGCCAGGGUAGGCAGUAAACAUGCAAGCAGAAAGAAAAAAUAAAGCAAAUCUGAAAGUCAUAAUUCUAGGAGAAUUUAAUGUUGGAAAGACUUCGCUAAUCAAACGAUAUAAGGAAGGCAAGUUCGACCCACAAGAGGAGCCAACUAUUGGGGCUUCUUUCUACUUAAAGCGAUGGGGACCGCACAAUGUUGCCAUCUGGGAUACAGCUGGGCAGGAGAGGUUCAUGUCAUUGAGUGCACUGUACUGCCGUGGAACCAAAGCUGCAAUUCUUGCCUUUGACAUUUCACAGAAGGAUACAUUCAACCAGCUGGAGAAACGGUUUCUACCAUUGGUAAAUUCCCAUACUGAGGAGAAUUGCCUGAUUGUAAUAGUAGGAUGCAAGGUAGAUGCUGUGCUUGAGUCUAAUCGACAGGUUCAUCGUGAAACUGCCAUUGCUUUAGCCCGUGAACUAAAUCCUACAUGGAAACCGGAGAAGCCUCCACCCUACUAUGAAACUUCGAGUAUUACAGGCGAGAACGUGAAUGCCUUGUUUGAAUUUAUUUUCGAAUAUUUCCUUCCUUUGUCUGAAUCUGAGAAGAAUCAGUAUAAUCAGAUGAAUAAGCGGACUAAACACAGUGUCAGGGAUGGCACUGUGGAUUUGCAAUCUAAAUCCGUGUCUACCAAAAGAAAGUGUUGUAGUCUGUUAUGAGUCAGUGAAACAACAGAGGGACCAUCAGUUCAGUGUAAGAGUCUGUGAUAUAAUCUUGAUUUCUACAACUGCUCAGUCUACCUACUUAGGUGCUAUAAAAGCCUAAUCUUAAUCGUGUGUAUAAAUUUUUUAGUUCAUAUUAUAGUAUACGUAUCAUUGUAAUAGAAUGUUACUGUUUGACCUACACAAAGGUGCUAGUACAUUUUACAGCAAGUUUUUACUCAGCAAAUAUCAUCUAUAUAUUUUAUAUAUAAUAUUUAAAUGGAGCUUGUACGUUUUCGGGUAAAAUGAUACCUGUUAAAAUCCAGGUAGCCCUCAUUUGAUAUCGUUAUUGCAUUAUUGGCCAGGAAGACCUAUAAUAGUAAUACUACAGCACUAUAUUUCCUAAACAUGUAUAACGAGGAAAGCUGGUCAUUUAAACAGUGCUCUCCAUGUCGACUUAGAAUGGGGAGUGAUCUGUACUGCACAAGCUUUAUAGCACAUUGUUAUCAUUCUACACCAGUGUUAUAACGAAAAUCGGUUGCAUGUUUAAUAACAAGAUAUAAUUUUUAUGAUGAAUAUAUUAGGACUCCAUGCAUUAAUUUGAAACAGCAAGAAUGACUUUAAUUAGCAACAUUCCAUCAGCAAGCAUUUGCGUGGGACAUGUUAUGGUAUUUUAUGUAUGUAAAUUGUAUUGUAUGUUUACGUCCUGAAAUUACAGUUAUUCUACAUCAUACUAGACUGUUAAAGGUUUAUGUAUAUGUGAAUAUCUAAUAUAGACAUCAAUUUUUAA